GGGAUGGAGAUGAGGACAGGAAUAGAUCACUGGCACUUUAAGCCCGGAUUUCUCAUAUUCUCGCCGGAUCUUUCUCCUUUGCUAAUUAUUGUGUUGUUUUCAGAGCAAAUAUGUCAUAUCCAUGGCGACCAGGCAGGUUUAUUGUCUCUCCUGUGCCAUAGCUCACAAAAGUAAUUAAUUACCCUCUUUUUUUCUUUUUUCUUCUCCCUUUCCCUCUUGUCUUUGGUUAAACAGAUCAWGGAAGGAAGAUGGAGAGCCGUCUUCUGUAUUAAAAAAUGCCRCUGCUAGUACAACACAAGAAAUCAGAUGGCAGUAGAGUGAGCUUCAGCCGGAUCGAGCUUCAGUGCAGAUUGCUCAACAGGAAGUUGGUGUGUGUUCCUCUUGGCACCGCUCCCGUAGCUUGUUUGAUGUGGUUUCCAGAAGUCCUGAACUGCAGUCCCUGGCCACUCUUUCUGUCAUCGAUGAGGUGAGCUCCGCCGUACGGACUGACUCCCCAGGAAGAGAAAACGAGCUGAAAGGAGUUUAUGCACUGAAACGACCUCAGGAAAACCCAAGAUGGCCGCCAAAAGGAAAGGUGGCCUGAAACUCAACGCAAUCUGUGCCAAGCUGAGCCGCCAAGUGGUGUUCGAUGGCAGCUCCCAGAACGCAGAGGGAGAGCAGAGCGUGGCGGAGACCAGCGAGCGCGGCAGCUCCUACUGCGAAGACAACGAGACCAACUUCCCCGAGAGCCUGAGCCUGAGUCAGAGCCUGGAGGAGGACCAGAAGAGGCGCGAGGCCAUCGAGAAGUGGGUCAACGGCGACUACGGCGAAGAGCCGCCAGCUCCUGAUGACGAGCAGGAGCCCGAGCUGAAAGGCAGCAACGAUGAAGAUGCCCCCCCUGAGGGUGUCUACAUGGUACAGCCUAGGGGCUGCAGCGAUGACGAGGACAACGCUGAGGACCCCGAGGCCCCUGUAGGUGCCCAGGACGGCAGUUACCACGACAAGGAAGCUGAGGACAGGCCUCCAAAAGACGACCACUACAUCCCACCGAGUGAGACCCAGAGUCGCCAAGCACCUUUCUCCUCGCCAGGAGAAGCAUCGGCACUGCGAGAUUAUGCAGCCAACACCAUGACUGAGAUAUUGGGAAUGUAUGGUUAUGAUGACCAGCAGGUAAGGGAUGAGCUGACCAAGAUCAGCUUUGACAAGCUCAAAGCUGCUACCUCAGACCUCUCGUCCCUCAGCAGUGAGGAGGCCUCACGCCGUGCUCGCUUCUCCAAGUAUGAAGAGUACAUUCGCAAGCUAAAAGCUGGCGAAACGCUACCUUGGCCCAUGCACUCUUCCCCACCAAAACCAGAUGACCUCAACUCAAAACUAGCCCAAGACAAGAGUCCUACCGUUCUACAGACCUCCACCUGCCUACCAGGGACUGAGCCGCAGGCUUACCCCUCAGGCCUAGACCACAAACAACCAGUUGCCCCUCAGCUGGGCAAUUCUCAAACGUCCAAUUCCUCCCACAUGCAGAACAUGGCCUCCCGAGCCUCCAAGUAUGACUUCUUUAUUCAGAAACUGAAGCAAGGCGAGAGCUUGCAGCAGCAGAACGGCAACGCUUACAAGAGACCUUCUAAAUACGACCUGGACAACGUGAAGUUUCUGCACCUGUUCAAGCCCGGUGAGGGCAACCCUGACAUGGGCGGGGCCAUCGCCUUUAAGACGGGCAAAGUGGGCCGCCCUUCAAAGUAUGACAUUCGAACAAUUCAAAAGCUAAUACCAGGAAACUCUGAGGCCUCGCUGAUGCCCAACAUUCAGGCUACGGCACCAGGGAACCCUGGCGCUUCUGGGGUCCCAGCUGUUGGCGCAGCAGGGGCCAGUAUUGCCCCGGGGCUAACAAUGGACCAGGCGGGACACAUAAGUUUCAACGCUGCAGCCGCUGACUACAUCAAAUCCAGCUUUUCCAAGACUGACUCUAUCACCACUGGAACCGUGUCCUCAGUGAAGAACGGCCUGCCACCAGAUAAACCCCCCGCCGAAGAUGUCAACCUCUACCAAAAAUACAUUGCCAGGUUCUCUGGAAGUCAGCACUGUGGACACGUGCACUGUGCCUACCAGUACAGAGAGCAUUACCACUGCAUGGACCCUGAGUGUAACUACCAGGUGAGCAGGUUUACCAGUAAGCAGGAUGUGAUCAGGCACUACAACAUGCACAAGAAGAGGGACAACUCCCUGCAGCAUGGCUUCAUGCGCUUCAGCCCUCUGGAUGACUGCAGCGUCUACUAUCACGGUUGCCACCUGAAUGGAAAAAGCACCCAUUACCACUGCAUGCAGGUGGGGUGCAGCAAGGUGUACACCAGCACCUCAGACGUCAUGACCCACGAGAACUUCCACAAAAAGAAUGCCCAGCUGAUCAACGACGGCUUCCAGAGAUUCCGAGCCACUGAGGAUUGCGGCACGGUCGGGUGUCAGUUCUACGGGCAGAAGACCACACACUUCCACUGCAGACGCCCAGGCUGUACAUUCACUUUCAAGAACAAGUGUGACAUCGAGAAGCACAAGAGCUACCACAUCAAGGAUGACGCGUAUGCCAAGGAUGGCUUUAAGAAGUUCUACAAGUAUGAGGAGUGCAAGUACGAGGGCUGUGUGUACAGCAAGGCCACCAAUCACUUCCACUGCAUCCGCUCAGGCUGCGGCUUCACCUUCACCUCCACCAGCCAGAUGACCUCCCACAAGCGCAAACACGAGCGUCGACACAUCCGCUCCUCCGGUGUGAUGGGCCUCUCCUCCACCUUCCUGGCUCCUAAGGACGAACCCGAGGAAUCGAGCAACGAUGACCUGAUGGACUUCUCGGCCAUCAGCAGCAAGAACUCCAGCCUGAGUGCCUCCCCUACCACCCAGCAGUCCGCCACAGUUCCACACAUGCUGACCACACCCACCACCGCCUCUUCUUCCAUGCCGGGCCACGCCCUCAAGCCCACCCAGUCCAUGCCCGGCGUGGGUCAGCGCAUGUCCAGCCUGCUGACUCAGGCCCUGCCCAGCAACAUACCGGUCCUCGCUCUUCCCAACACCGCUCUGGCCACUUCCAACCCCUUUUUCCCCCUCAUGCCCAGGCUGCCUCUCCAACCGCCUCCACCAGCCCCCAGCCUGAUAACAGCCGCGUCCUCUGGGGCCCACUCCCUGCCCACCGACUCCCUAACCCAAAGCGGCUCCACCGUGGGGGGAGACACCCCCAUGCCGUCUACCCCAGCUUCCUUCUCCACCUCUUCCAUCAUGGAGAAGAUCUCAGCAAGCAAGGGUCUGAUAUCACCCAUGAUGGCAAGGCUGGCAGCUGCUGCCCUGAAGUCCCCCAACAACCCAGACGCAGGGAAUGGGCAGCCGGCUUCAGCCAGCCAGUUCAAUCUGGUUCAAGUAAAGCAGGAGCCCGUGGAUGCCAACUCCGGGGCUUCCCAAGACUCCACGCAGGAGCACAGCCUGGACCUGAGCAAGAAAGACCACAGCAAUGAAUCAAACGGACACCCUGUACCAGCGAAUACAUCUCUUUUAUCCUCGCUUAUGAAUAAGAUGUCGCAGGUGAACCCUGCCCUCUUCAACGCCAUUAACCUAAAAACAGAGCUGGAGGGUGGACAAGCCAACGACUCCUCCGAGGCAGCACAGUAUCUGAGCCGGGUGCUGAAGAGGCCAGAACACCCCAAUGAGAUCUGGAGGACAUACCUUCGCAGGUUUGACACGGAUGACUUCUGUGAGGCUCAUUGUGACUUUCUUCAGAAAGUGCACUUUCAUUGUGUGGUAGAGGACUGUGGUGCGCUCUUCAGCACUGUGGAUGGGGCCAUAAAACACGCUAACUUCCACCUUCGAGCCACCUUGAAAGUGAAGCCGGAGUCGCAGUUCAGCGACAGCAAAGAGUCCAGCGAGGCAGCGCCCCUGCAGCCAGUCGCCCCUGUCUCUAUAGCCAGUAAUCCUUCCAUGGAUGUGGCAAACCUCACCUCCUCUGGUGGCUACAGCUCUCCUCCUCCCUCUUUGCUGGCCUGGAAGCAACUGGCUGGCAGCAUCCCUCAGAUGCCCGCUUCAAUGCCCAACCUUCCGGCAAACUCCCCUCUGGCCACCACCUCCUUGGAGAACGCCAAGCCACAAGUCAAACCUGGUUUUCUGCAGUUCCAAGAAAACGAUCCAUGCCUGGCUACUGACUGCAAGUACUCAAACAAGUUCCACUUCCACUGCUUGUUCGGGAACUGCAAAUACGUGUGCAAGACCUCCGGAAAGGCAGAGUCCCACUGUUUGGACCACAUCAACCCCAACAACAACCUGGUCAACGUCCGCGACCAGUUCUCCUACUACUCUCUUCAGUGUCUCUGUCCCAACCAGCACUGCGAGUUUAGAAUGAGGGGCCACUAUCACUGUCUGAGGCCCGGCUGCUUCUUCGUCACAAACAUCACAACCAAGCUGCCGUGGCACAUCAAGAAGCACGAGAAGGCAGAACGUCGAGCUGCCAACGGCUUUAAAUAUUUCACCAAGAGGGAGGAGUGCGGAAGGCUGGGUUGUAAAUACAACCAAGUCAACAGCCACUUCCACUGCAUCCGAGAAGGUUGCCAGUUCUCCUUCCUGCUGAAGCACCAGAUGACCUCGCACGCACGCAAACACAUGAGGCGGAUGCUGGGGAAGAACUUUGACCGGGUCCCGUCCCAGGUGAUGCCGCUUGGUCAGAGAGUGGACGAGAUGCAGCACGCAACCAGUUUGGUGUCUGGAUCCAUGGCAAACCAGCCUGGGAUUGCCUCCAGCUACUCCUCUGCUGUCAUCGAUGAAACCGAUGACUACUUGGACUACAUGGGAGGGGGAGGAGGCAGCCCCUUGGGGCUCUCCUCUGAGUCCUCCAACCAGGACCGAAGCUGCACCAGCACUCCUGUAGGGAUCGACAGCUCUCCAGCAGGACAAGGCUACCCCACCACCACUUCUGCUCCUACCACCCCUGCUGACACUAGCGCUACCCACAAUGCACCUCCUUCUUCCCCUCCUCCACCACCUCCUCUGCCGCCACCACCGCCUCCUUCCUCCGCUCCUCAGCCUGGCCUCCAGUUCCAGGCCCCAUCUCUCUCCCCCGCGCUCCUCCGGCCUCCUCUCCCCUCGCUCCCAUACCUCCUCUCUCCAUCCUGUCUGUCAUACUCUCUGCUCAGCGCCUCUCUGGGAGCCACUCGGAGUGUUGUCAUGCCAACCAACACACCAGCUUUCAGCCCCAUCAUUGCCACUCCGUCUCCGGUUAAAAAUGACGUCCCUAUAGUGCAGGAUGCUGCAGGCAACACCAUCACCAUGCCCACGGCCGUCGGCGCGAAGAAGCGCUUCUGGAUCAUCGAGGACAUGUCGCCGUUUGGCAAGCGCCGCAAGACUCCCUCGUCCCGCAAGAUGCUGGACGAGGGGAUGAUGCUGGAGGGCUUUCGGCGCUACGACCUGUACGAGAACUGCAAGGACUCGACCUGUCAGUUCUCCCUGAAGGUCACCCACUACCACUGCACGCGCGAGAACUGCGGCUACAAGUUCUGCGGCCGCACCCACAUGUACAAGCACGCGCAGCACCACGACCGCGUGGACAACCUGGUCCUGGACGACUUCAAGCGCUUCAAGUCCUCGCUCAGCUGCAACUUUCCGGACUGCCAGUUUUCCGGCAACAGCACCCACUUCCACUGCCUGCGCUGCGGCUUCCGCUGCACCGACAGCACCAAGGUGACGGCCCAUCGCAAGCACCACGGCAAGCAAGACGUGAUCAGCGCCGCCGGCUUCUGCCAGUUCAGCUCCAGCGCAGACUGCGAGGUCCCCGACUGCAAAUAUAAGCUCAAGUGCUCGCACUUCCAUUGCACCUUCCCGGAGUGUAAGCACACGGUGGUGGGGAUGUCCCAGAUGGACUCCCACAAGAGGAAGCACGAGAAGCAGGAGCGAGGUGAGCUGCCGUCGGUGUCACCGAAACAGGAAGGAAUGCACCACCUGGCAGGGAACGUGGCGGCCGUCGUCCCUUCCUCCCUGAGCCUCGCUACUUCCUCGCCUGGCGGCCUCCACGGGUUGUCCCACAACAUCAACAGCAGCGCCCCCUCCAUGGUCUACCAAACGGGCAGCAUCGCCUCCGAAUACAACCAUUCUUACCCACCAUCCUCCAUCAGCCUGGACAGCUCGCUCAACCUGGGCACUGACACCAGCAGCUCCUUGUUCUUCCUGAAAAACGCAGCCGGUCUGGGUCUCAGCGACUCGCUGGACCUCAGUAAGAAGAUGAUGUGCCGCAACCCCGCACCCCACCUGGGUCUGCCAGCCGCUCACGACGACACCACGGGGACGUCCGGAGAGGCGGAGGACGACAUGUCACCAGAGGAGGAGGCGAACGCUGAAGAAGAGGACGAUGAGGAGGAGGACGAGGAGGAGGAGGAAGACGAGGCCGAGGAUGAUCUCAACAGCGACUCUAAUGAUGAUUCACUGGCAGAGCCCGAUGGCGAAAAGGACGACGACGAGAAUUUUGUUGCUUCCAUUAACCACACUCAUACUUCCCACUUGGAAAAGCAAGACAUUGACCCAUAAAAAACAAACAAUAUAAACAAACAAACAUAAAAAACAAGAGAGACUGUAGGAACUACAGAAAAGACCCUGUGUACAAUGAACAGACAAAAGAAAGUGGCCUCAUUCAUCCUGUUUAGAGACUUCCAAUGACAAAAAAAAUAAAAAAGUACAAAAACAGCAGCGUUAAGAAAA